GUCAGGGGAUCCGCCUUGCGCACUACACCAGCCGCCGGUCCUGUGCCGUCUCACCCUCUGGUGUUGUUACGCAAUCUAGUGGUGAUCGUGAUUUCCUUGGCUCUGAUCUGAUCAUCACAAUCUACUUCUCCACUCUAAACCGAAGGGUGCGUCACUCGUUGUUCGCAGUCGCAGUGUGCCCCGGCCUCCAAUUAAGUUUGGUGCUAGUCACGCACGAGGCGGGUCAUCAACUCAUCUUACAUUUACGGCCAAGUUUGCGUCUCUCGAGGCUCGAUGGCAACGUCAAUGCUGACCCUGGAGCAGCUCCCGGACGACGUGAUCGUGGUGGUGCUGCAGUACCUGCCGGUGAAGGACGUCCUCGACUGCCGCCUCGCGUGCAAGAGACUCUGCAUCCUCGCCCUGCACUGGGAUGUCUGGCGCCACCGAUCACUGGAGGACGACAACCCCCACGCGGGCGCAGUGCUGCACCUGGCCCCGUGCCUCGACAAGCUGACAGUCACGGGCCGAGUCCCCACCCUGGCGGUGACCUCGACCAGGUGCGCCGUGGCAGGCUUGAAACUGCAUGGCGGCGCCGCCCUUGACGCCCCGGAGUACGCCUUGGCCGUGCGCAACCAGGAGUCCCUCGGGCGCCUCAGGAGACUUGAGCUGGAAACGACCUCUAUAGGGCUACGUCAUGCUGACGCGCUAGUGAGGACGGUCGCGUCGUGUUCCUUCCUGGAGUCGAUCGACGUCGUAGGCUGGCUGCCCGAUGUCACCCACCCCGUUGUGCUCGGGCCGCCGAGGCCCUCGCUGACGAAUUUCCGAUGCCCACUCAACAGCCACUCUAUAAGCUUCGUGGACACCAUUCUGGCCGGGCACGCGGCUACCCUGGAGAAGGUUGACCUCCUCGACGUAUACACCUCCGAGGAGACGAGGACGAGGACGGCUAACUUGUUGGGCGCAAUGCCGCGACUGCGCAGUUUGCGGUGCAGCGACAGGCUGUGGGGAUUACAGGACGUGGCAGAGUGCAAGACGCUAACACGCGUCCACAUUAUGAUACACGGAGACGUGUACGGUAAAGUCGAGACGGUUGCCAAGUUACUCCGCCGAGCCAAGCAACUGCGAAGUGUCCACCUGGAGAACGGCAGGAGCUCCGAGUACUGCUCGGUCAGCGCGGUGUUGGUAGAAGCCCUGGCCUCGGCUGGGCGGUUCCACCUGGAGGAGCUUCUCCUUGAAGAGUUCGACGACGUGCGACCGCUGCUCCGCGCGCUGCCCUCGCUGCCCGCCUUGCGCCACCUGGACCUGUAUGCUGAUUCUGCUGAGGAGCCCAACGACGAGCUGCUGGAGAGCAUCACCCCCGCCACGGCCCCGGCGCUGAGGCUGCUGGAGAUUGGUGAAGUGACGCAGAGGUGCCCCCACGCCUGGAUACACGGGGCCGCGGUCAAGGCGACGCUCGCGGAGAACCCCUCGCUUCACAUCCUGCUCUGGUACACCAAUAGAGACAAGUGCGUUCCUCAGGAUUGUGAGGCAUGCGUGACGGGCUGCCAUCGAGAAAUCAAGUGGGGCGUGAGGAAGUGUUUAGGCCUCUACUCGCAUCAGCCGGACAAGUGUCCCUCCCUGGAGUAUCACACUGACGACCCGUGUGCGGAUUCAUGGAUUCAUGUGUGAUCCAUUUCUACACUUGCUUGGUUUUCGUUGUUUCCUAUUUUGUGUUUGU